AUGGCUGUGCGCGGUCUCCCGCUCUGCCUGCUGGCCGUCAGCUGCGCGAUGCCUGCGCCGAGCCUGGGCCAGGGCUGUGCCGCGCAGCGAAUGGACAACGCCAUCAUCGAUAUCAACUUGUCUCUCCCCAUGGGUAUCCGAGGUGCGGAACCAGUGCACGUUUCAACACCAGAGGCUUGCAUACAUGCCUGCUGCUUGGGAAAAAAGCUGUCAGGAGACAAGAAAUGUAACUUUGUGAUUUUUGAUGCUCAAAGGACAAGCACACAACCAAACUGCUACUUGUUUUAUUGCCCUAGCACAGAGGCUUGUCCUAUGAAACCUGCAAUGGGGCUUGUGAGCUACAAGAUAGCUCAAGACACCCAUGCUCUGGAGGACACAUCCUUCAAAAAUGAGGACUUCAAUUCAAAUGAACGCUCUGUACCUUCAGAUGCCAGAGCUUUUAUUUCUCAAAGUCAGGCUAGCCAUCAGAAUCAUACCCCUGCUUUGCAUCAAUCUGUUUUUCAUCAAGCAUCUGAAUUCUUGAACCAUAUGGAUAAACAUGUAGACAGCACUGAAUUUCAUACAGUUUUCCCUGAGUCACAAAGGGCAGACAAUCCCAAGACUUUAGACCCCUUGCCAAGGCAGAAAGUAAUUAAUCCACCACCAAAUACAUCAUCUACUGUUCAAAUUGGAAACCCUUCUGCUUUGUUCCCCACCACUAAGUCUAAUGUUCCCAGUCCCAGCAGUACUACUGUUACUCCUCUGCCUACAAGUACUGUCAGACUGAAAUCUCAUACAACUUCUUUGUUUACAGGUGGUGCCAAAGCUGGUACUGUCACUAGGACAACAACCUUUAUGCUUACUGCAAUUGCUAGAGCUGAACCUGGUAUCCCUACUGCCAAGAUUGCUGCUACUCAUGUUUUUCUUUCCAGUCCCACAACUUCUGCUUCUACUUCUACAGCCAAAUGGGUGACCUCAAAUCCUGUAACAGCCACCAGCUCAGCAGGGCUCAGAACUUCAUCCAUACCUCCUGAGCCAACAGCUGUCUCUGCCAGUUAUACCAGUCAUGUUACCCUUGUCUCUUUUUCAAGUUUUGCUCUCUCUACUAGUGCUUCCCCCGUGGCUUCCCAAAACAACCAUCAGGGUUAUGACCCAUCUGAUUCGGAAGACCACCUCUCAGAGUACGUUCAGAGAAGAAAAGGCUUUGUUCAGCUGGAAGACAAAAGCAGACUUGUAGUGGCUUUACUUUUUGGGGUGAUAUUCUUGCUCUUAGUUAUUGCACUCACAGGGAAGAAAAUGCAUGAAUCUCUUCAGAAGAGACAAUAUACCAGGUUGGAUUAUUUGAUCAAUGGAAUGUAUGCUGAUGUAUGAUGGAGCAUAGGGAAUAGAUUGUUAGGAGCAUUUAUCAUCUUUGUGAGAACUACUCUGAAAGUGAAGAGUGAAUAUGAAAUCUCAGACGAGGAUGCAUUCCUUUUUUGGUCACCAGUGGCCACAUGGUUUUGGUGGGGAAGAGAACUGCUGUUUCAGACUGAAUUAUAAUGCCUAUCAUUUGAGUUAGUAUCAAAUCCUAAGUGCAGACACUCAAGCUAAGCAAAGAAGUUCUCGUAUUUAAGGAGAAAAAUAAUUUCAAGAGUAUGGUCUGUGACUAGAUUAGCAGAAUAGAAUUUGACCUAAUUAAUUGUGCAGCACAUGAGCACUUUCAAUGUUUUUUGCCUCCAAGUACAUCAGUAUUACACAAGUCUGGCAUCAUGUAAGUGUAUAUGGCAUCCUGUAUACUCUAUCUGAGCCUUAAGUGAGUAUUGGGUAGUAGUAUAUAGCAUCCAAAUGGUUUUAGGUACAAGGAGUAAACUGUUGUAUUCAAAAUGUGUUUGGCUUAACUUUCCUUAGCUACAUUGUGUUCAUUGAUAUUUAUCUUGAAUGCUUCCAUGUGCAUAAAUCAUAAGCUAUACUUAAAACCACCUGCUGCAAAUUUUAGUUUGCCUUUUGUGAAGAGAGCACCACCCUCUAGCAGGAUUCUUUGCAGGAUAUGUCAAAUAGUUUUUAUCAUAUUUAGUUAAAAAAAGCUGGAAUCUUUUUUUUUUUUUUUUUUUUUCCAUGUCAAAUAGCACAAGCAAGCAACUUGGUGUAUACCAGAGAAUCUGUUCUACUAUACCUCAACCUAUUAUAGUUGAAACUUAACAAUUAAUUGUAGAGCAGAUGGAAACUUGUGAAGGAACUGAGCAAAGACAACAGCUGUAUUAUCAGCAGAGGACACAGAAAAAGUAUGGUUUCUAGUUCCUGAAUAUCUAGACAGAUUGAAGGGAAUUAAGAAAGUAUUAAAUAACAUUGAUGGAUGUGUUGUGCAAGAGUCCCAAACUCAGAGAUAUUUCCUGCAGUCAGAGAAGCAUUACCUUAAACAACUUUGCAUUAUCUUUCUGCUUCUAGCAUUCUUUUAUUUCCCUCACCAGUCUAGUGGCUCUUAAAAGCACUGCUUGCAACAGGGCUAGAGAUGAUAGGAGCACACACAGAAUCACAGGACCUCAAGAGAUCAUUGAGUCCAAUCCUCCUGCUUAAACAGGUUCCCUACAGUAGAACACACAGGUAGGCAUCCACAUGUGUCUUGAAUAUCUCUGUAGAAGGACAGUCCACAAACUCUGGGCAACUUAUUCCGAUCCAUCACCCUUAUUGUCAAGAAGUUCUGUAUGUUUGCAUGGUACUUCCUAAAUACAAGAUUUAGGCCAUUUCUCCUUGUCCUACCACUACACAUCACAGGGAAGAUCCUGUCCUCAUCCAUUUGCCUCCCAACUCCCUUUAGACCUUUAUGAACAUUAAUCAGAGCUCUAGAACUCUGGGUAGAACUCUACAUGUUCUCAAAGCACAUCUUUUUUACUUCUGGCAUCAUGUUCAUAUGACCGGUAGUAAGCACGGCUUCUCUGUAUGUUUCCCUGCCUCUGGAAUAAGAGGCAAAUGAGAGUGCCUGUAAGCAUCCAGUGUUUGAACCUCCAGUUCAAACUCACUUUUUUUCCACACCAUGAUCAGUCUUAAUCUGUUUUCAGAAUGAAACCCUAGAUAUUAUCUGUGGGAGGCAGCAUAAUCAACUACAAACAUCAAGAUAGAGAAGGAAAGGUGCCUUAAGAAUAGGAACAAAUAAUUAUAUUACAAAAUAUGCUAAGUAACCCACGUCCACGAGGUUCUUAGAUCUGUCAAGUUUACUGCAGCAGGAAGCAGUCAUGAUCUAAAAAUGGCCUCAAGGCAAGUUUUUUGGGAGCUCUAACAAUAACUUUAUGCAGAAAAUUCUCUGAAAAUUACAUUAUUCAAUGAUCAAAGACAUGUCAGUGUUCCUUAUGUCAAGAAGUUGAACUCUUGCUGUAUGGAGGCUGCAAGUUACUUUAUAGAUACAAAAACAUUUGUUUUUUCUACAUUACUUCUGUCUGACAAUGCUUACAUAAAAAACACUCUGGAUAAUAUCUUAGAAUUGAAUAAAUUUGCAGAAGUAUCUCAAGUUGA